AUGGUGCUCUCCUUAUCCGUGCCCAGCUUCUCCCGCUCCAGCACAACCACUCCCCCACUUCGAUCGCGAAAUGGCAGCUCCAGCUACUCCGCAACACUCAGCGAAGCUCUCCGCAAUAAUCCUUUCGGCAGCUCAUCCUCUCGCUCGCGACCGUCCCUAGCCUCCACCCUCGAAGACCAAAAACGAGAGCAGGAGGAGCUCAACGCCGCGCUCGAAACCCUCGUCCAGAUCUUCCCCGACGUCAAAAUCGAAGUCUUUCGCGAACUCCUCCUUCGAUUCGACGGGACUAGCCGGCUCCCAGUCUGCGUUGAGCAGCUCCUGCGUCAUAAAGAGAAAUGGGUGGCAGGGCGAUGGAAUGUUCCGUCCACGUCUGGACCGGAAGAUGCGGCAGCGGCCGCGGUUGUUGAUCCCGAUACGCCCGAGUCAUUGGUUCCCCUCGACGAGCGGUUCCGGACGGAGGAAUAUAAGUUUGCAGUGAGGGGUGUUCUGAUCAAGGAAUUCAGCGGGCUGAGCCGAAGUACCGUGGAUGCGGUGCUGGCGGAGGUGAAUUUCUGCUACCUUCGUGCUCGGCCUGUCCUACAAGAUCUUUCGAGGAAGACUUGGCGUGCAACGAUCCAUAACAUUCUUCCUUCCUUCAGACGUAGGAAAGACAAGGAUGACAGCCAUCCUCUGAUGCAUUGGCAGCGCCAUGCGGAUGGAGAGCAGGUUCCUCGGUUGAAGGAGACUGGAUGCGAAGAGCUGGAUCGCGAGCUAUAUGAAACGCUGUUGGCGCCGUUACUUCGAGCACGGCAGGAGGAGCGAGACCGCGUGGACAUGGAACUGGCUGAAGCAUUGAACGAAAAGGAAGCCGAAGCGGCUAGUGCGCUCUACGAGUGCGAGUGCUGCUUUACGGAUGCCACGUUCGAGCAGAUAUCGAUAUGCUCCGACGGCAUGCACUUCAUUUGUUUUAACUGCAUUCGACACACUGUUCAUCAAGCUCUCUUUGGCCAAGGAUGGUCUACGUCGGUUGAUGUUGAGAGGUCGACCUUGAAGUGUUUGGCGCCGUCUCCUAGCGAGCCGUGUACAGGCAUUCUCAGUGCGGAGCUCGUCAGACGCGCUAUUCUUCUCGACAAAGCUGGCCUUGAAACAUACUCAAAGUUCGAAUCCAGACUCGCCUCCGACGCUCUUCUCCGGUCCCAGUACAAGCUCAUCCGCUGCCCUUUUUGUUCCUACGCCGAGGUUGAUCCCGUCUACCACCCUCCGACAAACGGGAUCAACUGGCGCUUCCGCCGGGACGGACUUAUUUCUACCCUUUUAAUGAUUUUCAUCUUUUUGGACACGAUACCAUUUCUUCUUGUCAUUGCGGGCAUUAUUUACUUACUAGACCCCGCCGCUCUUCCUACGAUUCUCAACAACGCCCUACUGAACCUCUGUCUCAAGAUCCGCAUGAAGAGAUUCACCUGCGCCAAUACCAAAUGCCGACGGACCAGCUGCAUAACAUGCCAGAAACCGUGGCGUGACCCCCAUGUCUGCCAUGAACCUUUGCUACUUGAUCUCCGCGCGACCGUGGAGGCCGCCCGCACCGCCGCAGUAAAGCGCACCUGCCCCCGCUGUGGCCUUUCCUUUGUCAAAUCCUCCGGUUGCAACAAACUCACCUGCACCUGCGGCUACUCCAUGUGCUACUUGUGCCGGAAAGCGCUCGGUCCACCACUCAAAGGCCCCCGCGACCGUCGACGCCCUCGCCGGCAGGAAAACAUCAACCCCCUCGGCAACGUCGGCGAAGCAGACCCUCUAGCCAACCCCGAACCCGAUCAAGAGGACGAGGAUGAUGAAGAGGAACACGAAGGAUACCGCCACUUUUGCGAACACUUUCGCGUCAACCCUGGCGCUCGCUGCACGGCGUGCAACAAGUGCGAGCUGUAUCAAGACGAAGACGAAGAAGCCGUUGCGCGUCGAGCAGGAGAGAAAGCCGAGUACGAGUGGCGCAUCCGCCAUCAGAUGGCUGCCGGUGCCGGCGGUGCCUCGUCUGCGUCUGCAGGAGCAGGAAUCCCUUCUAUCAACGUCAACCACGACCUUUCGGUCAACACGACGAGAGGAGGGGCACGAUACUCGACGAUGUUUCUUCGACCCGCUGGGAAGAGUCUGUGGUAUUGGGUUGAGGGCAUGUGGAAGUCUGGACAAUGGAAAGCCGAGGGCCAGGCUCUCGUCAAUUGGGUCGUGGAGAGGGUUAUUGUUAUUGAAGACAUCUGA